AUGAAGCCUGCCCAUCCAGGAUCACCAGCGCUGGGGAAAUUGCGACAACUGAUUCAGCCCGUGUGGGAGCGCUGGCACUGCAUUCUUCGGUUUGUCACGGGGGCGCCAAGCGCCACCAGCGACUUCCGAAAGCGGCAGUGGUCGGAGCGAGCGAGUCCGGGGAGCAGACGGCUGGCGAGGCCGAAGAUCCUAGCGCGGGCCAAUCCAGGCCGUUGGGCCCAAUAUGGAGUGUGCCGCUUGUCUUGGCGGCCUGUUUCGUUCCGGGGUUUUGCCCUGCUGCUUUCAUUUGUCGUCCGUAACUGGAGAAACUGCGGAGCCCUAAUAUAUGCGACUGGCUGA